GUAGGCAAUAACUUUAAUUUCAUAAUAUUUAGCUUUUGUAUAUAUACCGAAUGACAUUUGAUUUCUUCCAGUUGUUGUUGCUUUUUGUACAUGCACGAGAAAAAGAAGAAGAAUCAUUAAUAGUAGCAGAAAUUUUUUAGACGCGAUUAAUUUUGAUAAGUUUUCAAAUCAUAAUAUCACCCCUUAAAAACUUGUUAAAUAAUAUUUAAUUUAUAGAAAAAUGAAAUAUAAGAACUUUAUUGCAAUAAUAUUAUGAAAUUGUAACACAAAACUGUGAUUUAAGCACUUAAAAUUGCUAAUGAAAAUUUCUCCAACUCGUGCACGGUCUACUCUGCUACAUAAUUGAUUAAUUUUUUUUUUUGUAACCACACUCGAGACACACAACUACACACAAUAUUGUAUUGUGCACUUGGAAAAUUUAUAUACAUAUUGAGGUGAAGAUGAUGAUGAUGAUCACAAUGAUGAUAAAUAAGCUAUAACUAUUACUAAAUGUGUGUAGUGGAACUCUAAGCAUUGAAUGAACUGAAAAAAAGAAACCAAAAUACAUAUAAAUAAUGAUAAAAUAGUGAAUUGUAUAAGAAAUUUAUUAAUAUAAAGAAAACUACAUGACGGAAUCGGGCACAAAAGAUUUCGACAGCGUUUUUGUAGAGAAUGAAGAGGUGGCCGACGCCAACAUUAGCAGCAGCAGUGCCGUCGAUUUGGAGGUUGUCGGGGGUAAUAACGGCAAAAACGAUAUCAAAGUGUCUGAGGAGGGUGUAGCUAAAUUGACAUUUGGUUUUCUAGACGAUAUGCAAGGUGGCGACAGCAGUUUAGAACCGGGUGAGGUGAAGACACCACCGCCUGGUUCUAGUCCGGCUACGGUUAAGGAAUUAACACCUUCACGUUUGGCCCAGGAGAGACCAGAUCCUCCGGCCAAGCAAUUGGCCAAGGAAUCAUUAGCCAAAGCUUUAAAAACUGUAUCACAAUUGGAGGCGGAAGCUUGUGAGGAGAAAGUACGUGCAAUUUUAGAAUUAGAUGCUAAACGGCGCAAAGAGGAAGUGGAAAAACGUAAAUUAGAAGCUGAAAAACGUAGACAAUCGGGAGAAGCUGAUUUGGAAAUGGAGCGCAAACGUCAGGAUAAGGAGGAGCGUAAAAAACUAAAGAAAUUAAAAAAGGCCAAGAAGGCAGCUGAUAAGGCCUUAAAUAGCUGUGAGGAGGAUAAUGAAGAUAAGGCUCAAAGAAAGAAGCGUAAAGUGAAAAAUGCCAACGAGUCGGAAGACAGCGAGGGUUUAUGUUCUUCUGGUGAAGAUGGGGAGGAUAAUGUUACUGCAGAAAAACAUGGUAGCAUAUUAAAUUCAGCUAUAGCAAUACCAUCAAUGCAACCGGCCCGUUAUCCGCCACAUUUGCCGCCGCCUCAUCUAUUACCCGAUGCAUUUAUGGGUGGUUUUCGUCCUAUGAAUCCUUUUAUGCGUGGUCCCCGUCCAGAUUUUUCCCAUGGACGUGGUGGUUUUAUACCGCGUGGUCGUGGUGGUAUGCGUGGCGGUCGUAUGCCGUUCCAAGGUUUUCGACCGCCAUUUUUUUCGGGCAUUCCCAACAGUGCGGUUGGCCCACUUAAAUUUAAUGUGCCCCAUGGUCUUCAGCAACGUCAUCAUCAUACACCGCCACCAAAUCGCGGCCAUUCACCUAUACUGCCACCAACUUCGGAUUUACAAUGGACAAAGUGUAAACCAUCAUUAUCGUAUGCAUUUAAACUUAAUAAAGAACACAACAAAUUCCAUGGCAUUCAAGCAGAUAUAAAACAGCCACAUAAUUUAAAUAGAGACCCCUCAGAAGAAAACUGGGAUGAUGACAUUCCUGCUGAGGCAGAUGCUGGCAAUGAGCAAAAGCCAGAUGAUCAUCAUAAACAUCAGCAACAUGAACAAAUACGUAAGAAAGACAAAAAGCACAAAUCUCUCUCGAAAGAAAAGAAAAAAUCUAAAAAUCACAAAGAAAAAGAUGCUAAGAAUAGGAAAUCGAAAAGGUCCAGAACAUCGUUGUCAUCGUCGUCAGUGACGGCAAUAAAACAUAAGAAAAAAUCAAAUAAAUCGAGCAGAAGAAAAAUUGAAAAAAUACGUAAAUCCUAUGGAUCAUCGAACAGAUCAACACCAACGCAACAACAAGAACAUUCUUCUGAAGAUACGGAGACGACAAAUGAAAAUCCCCCAGAUGAGCAUGAAGAAGAUGAUAACAACGAUCAGCAGCAACAAAAAGAUGAAGUUGAAAAAAUGCCCACUGAAGCAGAGAUACGUAAUAAAGUGGAAAAUAUUAAAAGAGAAAAAGUUGAAACUACUGAAUUGAAAUUCGAAGAUUUUACACUUAAAGUCAAACCUAUAAUAAUCAAAAUUGAACCGGUAGAGCAGGAAAUAGAGAAACUAACAGAGAAUAAUAAAGAAACUCAAUCCGGAAAUAAAAAUGAAGUUGAUGAAGGAUUUGAUAUAUUUGCUGAAUCACCACCUCGGCAUUCAGCUUCUUCUGCAUUGGCGGUAAAACACAAUGAAAAAGAAUCCGCUGUUGAACUGACUGGUAGUGUAACUCCCCCUUUGCCGCCCUUAAAUGAUGCUAAACUUCUAAAAUCUUCCUCUUUACAAAAUGCUUUAGAGAUACAAAAACGUAUAGAUAAAUUAUUACAACAAGACGACAUCAAAUUGGAGGCUAUUGAAGCGGCCAAAGAACUUUUAAUGAAGAAAACUCAAAAACAUCAAAGUACAAAGGAAAAAUUAACACCUGAAAGGGAAUUGAACAAAGCCACUGAACAAAAAACAGUUGAAGAAGAAAGUUCAAAAGCAAUAGCUAUAAUACAUAAAGAUGAUAGCUCAACUGCAAAGGAAAAAAAGGUAUAUAAAGAUAAAGAAUCGAGCAAAAAACCCCUAGAGGUCGUCAAAGAAAAAGAAAAACGAAGAGAUUCUUCUAAACAAAGAGAGGAAAAGGAUGCCAAACUUAUGGAUACAACUAGAACUUCCUCUAAAGAUCGAGAGAAAGAUAAGAAAGAUGACAAAAAACCUAAAAGCUAUGAUAAGGACAAGGAAAAGGAUUAUGAUAAUAAAGAUAAAGAUAAGUCGCGCAAAGAAGUUUCCUCAACCUAUCGUAAUCCCUUUAAAAGAUCCAUAUCACGUGAUAGAUUCUUUGGUAAAAUUGACUCCCGGCGUCGUACACGUACCAAAAGUCGUGAACGUGAUUUUUCUAUGAAGCGACGUCUCUCUAAGGACCGUAAACGAGGCGAUAGUUCCGGCUACAGUUCCAGCAAAAUCUCCUCAAAACGACGUAUAAGUGGCAGCAGUUCAACCUCAACCAUACUCAAUCGUUCAAAAUCUGGUGAACGAGACAUCAAAGAAUCUUUAGAUUCACUAAAUGCGAAGGAAAAGGAACGCAAAGAUAGAAAAAGAGAAAAAACCCCGGAAUUGAAACAAAAACGUAAACGUUCGUCUUCACCAAAGUGUAAAAGUGACAAAGAAAAAGACACUGCAACUAAAUUAAAACCGAUUGAUAAAGUACCCACAAUGAAUUUGAAAUCAAGCACACCUCCACCUAAGUUAAUUAAAAGCCAGGAUAAAGUUCAAGAAAAGCCCCUAUCGAAAGAGAGCAAGAAAUCCAAGUCGCCCGUUAAGACAGCUGCCAAGAAGAGACCUCUUUCAUUUACGCAAACUGAAUUUUUAUUCCCCGAAGAAGGCAAUGAAGACGAUUUCAUAAUGGGCGAUGAUGAGGAGACCAACGAUUCAUUUAAAAACCUGAAAUCACCCAGUGAUAAAGAAGAUAGUCCUGAUACAGAUGAUUAUAUGGAUAAUUGGGAAAACGAUGAGGAUGUGGAUCUCGAUAUGAAUUCAAAUAUGCCCAAUGAUUUGUCAACCCCACGAAAAUCAUCUCCCGACAUUACUGAGGAAGAUUCGUUUGUAACACGUUUUGUUAACCCCAGUCCACCUAAAGAGUUGUUGAAAAAGCACAGCGAAAAAGAAGCAACAGAAGAUCUGCAGAAAGAUGUGGAAGCAAUGCCGCUUACACCUCCUUUAGUUUUGCUGAAAAAGUUACCAGCGGCACUGGAAGCCAAGGAACGACAACAAGAAAACGUUAAACAAAACAAAGACAGCCAAGAGACCAAAAAACCUGAACUGUUUGGCAUGCAGGAAUUGUAUGAUCAAUUUAUAAAAAGUGUUGAGGCUUCAGGAGUCAAUAUGAAUUCUAAUAAUAAAGAACCAGCUGCAGUGAUCGAAGAUGAUGCUCCGGAGAAAGCUGAUAUUUCCAGCGAUAAUGUAAAUGAAACACAAAAUCAAAGUGAGGACCCCUUAUCAACAUCAUCUACUUCCACCUCAUCCACAACCUCCUCCUCUUCGUCGUCAUCAUCAGAGUCAAAUUCUUCAUCCAACUCUUCAAGCUCAUCUUCAUCAGAUUCGUCUUCAGAGGACAGCAAUGAUGGAGAUAAAUUCAAAGUAUCCAAUAAACCGACUGUCAAAAAAAUUAAACUCGAGGAAGUCAUAGAACCCAACAAUUCCUCAAUUCAGGAUAAAAAAUCAAGCGAUACUGAAAAUAUUACUGUUAAAUCCCCCAUAGUCGAAAGAGAGCCGCGAACACCUUCUCCUACACCCUUGCACAAGAGUUUACUUAUAGCACAAACACCUCCCACGCCAGUUUCUCAUAGCAAAGCCACUCCCAAAUCAGAUGUAGCUAAAGAUUUCAAAAAACUCAAGAAUUUGGAGGCGAACUUAUCCCGAAUUCAAAUGAUGAGGGCCAACUAUGAUUCAAAUGAUGAAAUCAGUGAGGAACUGCAUAAAAUGGAGAUGUUAUUCUUGCAAGAAAAGAAAAUCAUACUGCAGAAAUACGCCAAGAAUACAGCAGUGGCUGAAAAGCCAGCAGUAAUAUCUGCCACAACAGUCACAACUGAAUUUGUACCCGCUUUGCCAGCUAAUGAAUAUGGCCUACUACCACCACCACCACCGCCAUUACCUGAAGAACCCAAUAAAAUAUUUGAUGCUAAUCGUGAAGCCAUUAAGCUGACCAUAUCUCCCAUGAAAUUACCCUCCAAACCAGCCAUAUUUAAUAUCUCUCAAACAGAGGAAACGGAAAAGAAAACUGUAGAGGAUAAAGAUGAAUUUGAUUUCACUGAAAAGCUGGUAAAACCAGCUAAAGAGGUAGCCAUUGUUAAGCCAAUGAUGGAAACUAAAGAGUCCAAGGAAUCUAGAUCCAGAGAUACUCAUCGUCAUAGGCGUUCCCCGGUCUAUGCAGGUAGUCGUGAGAGACAAAGAUCGCCCAGCAAUUACAGAGAGCGAAAUCGCAGAUCUGCUUCGCGGAACCGAUUUAGUCCUCAGCGUAGAGGUCGAGGUAGAUCAUUGUCGAUAAGUCCUCCUCGGAGAGGAGGUAUGGGUGGUAUACGUCAUGGCACCCCGCCACGAAGAGGAGCUCCUGGCGGUAGGUUUCGUGUUGCAAAUAGGAGAUCGCGUUCUCGCAGUCCUUUGCGCCAAUUUGGCAAUAGGCGUGGCAAAGAGGGCAGUCCAUUUCGCAGAAAACGUGGGCAACCACAGGAUUUGCAACCUCAUUACAAAAAGUUUGUGCGCCAUCGGGGUUCACGUUCAAGAUCGCCCAGAUCACCACAAACCAGACCAAGAUCUCCCAGAACUCCGCCUCCUAGAAGACGUUCCUACAGUCCAGAUCCAUAUUCGAGAUCACCGCUGCCAUUUAAACCACCCUCACCACCCAUGCGUCGCAGUUUGUCACCAAUCGACUCUCCCAGCUCCCCAACAAGACGUUCACGAUCUCCACCUUCACCUCGAAGGCCAAGAUCGCCUAGAUCUCCACGUUCGCCCCGAUCACCACAAUCGCCCUUAUCACCACGCUCACCCAGAUCCCCAAGAUCUCCUGAUUCUCCACCCUCGCACAGAUAUGACGAUCAUAGAUACAGACGUGAUAGCAGCUUUGAAAGGCACUCAUCCAUGUCACCACAUCCCCAGUACUAUGCACCAGACUCCUUGGCGGCCGGUGUAUCACAACAAGCCUCAUCAUAUUACUACAAUGUUUCACCGAAUCGCAUAUCACUGGACGCACGCAUAAAUAUUGUCCUCAACGCACCAGGUGGUAGAGAUACGCCGCCUGCUGGUUAUGAAGGUUACACAAACUAUGCUCAAUAUGGUGGAGCGGCGUAUAUGUCUAUACCACCGCAACCCAUGCCGGAUUCGUCUAAUAAUAUGGGUUAUUAUCCAAAUCCCUAUGUACCAUUGAUGCCGUCAGCACACGACGCCCAUCAUUUAUUAGCACCGCCUAACACACAUGCCCUGCAACACGCUCCACACUCACAUCCACCUAAUUUACCGCAUCAUCUCCAUCAACAGCCGCAUUCUCCUGCAUAUUCAAAUAUACCCACCAUAAAUAGUGGUGUAGCCGGACCUUCGUCCCCACUGCCACCGAACAACUUCUAUUAUAAUGAUUUUAAUAUGGUACACCAACCCAGCAAUCCAGUGCUCAAAGAGCUGCCCAAAGCUCCACUUUCGGUGGCUGUACAAAAGGGAAAUGUUUUGGAAAUUGUACCCUCAAAUGUGGAAACGGCGCAAUCUCCUCAAUUAAGCCACAAAACAAAAACUUCACCCAUUUUGGCCGAAACCAUUAAAAGUCAUAUUGAUAAAAUUUCAUCUAUCUCGUGGAAAGAUGAAGUCAAUAACCGUCAUGUUAAGUCAGCCGUAAUGCGGCUAAAUCGUGGUGGUGAAAAUGUGACGAGAAGCAUUUUAAAACGAUCGGAUGCAACCGAGAAACCUGACAAUUCUGAAAAGAAAAAGGUUUAUUUUGAAGAUGGCAUUUAUCCAAGCCGCGACAGUGAUGAUGAAGAUCGCAAACUAAUUGAAUACAAAAUUCGAAGAAAAGUAUUGCGUCUGCGUAAAAAGCGCGGCAUUGAUGUGCCGGCCGCUCGAGAAUUGGGCGAAGAGAAAUCGAAACAGAAACUACGAAAGCCAAAAAUAGAUGCAGCUUUGGAAAAAUUACCACCACCGCCACCGCCCACAACCAUGCCGACAGCAACUCUUCAACAGCCCAUCUAUUUAAGGCCACCAACUCCAGUACCUUUGGUUUAUUUCCAUUUCGAUUCGGUAGUGCAUUCAAUGUAUGUCUCACAGUUGGAAAAACCCAUACCACCACGUCUACUAAAUCCCAAAUGUGUGCCAGGAGCUGGGCCGCCCUCAACGGCAACAGGAAAUACAGGCCCGUGUAGUUCAGCGAAUGCUGCGGCAAAUCGUUCACCGAAUCUUAAUAUGACCAGUGUAUCAGCCGCUACUAAAAAAGAAUUAACUACUUUGGCGGCUUUGAAUCGUGUGGGAAGAAAUGAGAACGCCCUAAAUUCGCCCAAAAUGGGUGAACACAAACGAGAAAGUCCAAAUUCACAACAAUCACCCAUAAUGACAAUGAACAAACCGAGUGGUAUGCACUUUACACCCACACAGACAUCGCCGCAAAUGUCUCCUUUGCAUGGACCUGUCAUACGUCAUCCUCCAUCUCCUGUAAGUUUUGGGCCUAUGCGCAUCAACAACUUCAUGCGCCUACCGCCGUCGCCCUUGACAAGAGCUACCGCAGUACCGCCACAAAUGCAAACCCCACCACCAAAUAUGGUUAAUUUGCCGCCAGGCAUGCGACAUCCCCAAUACAGUAUGCCACCACCAAAUUUAAUGCCACCGGGCAUGCCACCAGAAGCCAAAUAUAGUUCGGUGGGAGGCGGCUCACCUUAUGCAGCAAUGCCACAACCGCCACCUGGCUACCAUGGCUACGGUCAACGUCCCAUGAAUCCAGGCUUCUUUAUGGGGCCAGCUUCAACUCACACCAUGCAUCCGCCACCUCCCAUACCGGCGAAUACUCACGCGAAGGACAAGGAUCAUAUGCUUCAUCACCAUCAGCAGCAACAUCAGCACCACCACCAUCAUCCUCAUCCACUUCAUCCUCACCCACAUGCGCAUGCGCACCUGCAUCCACAGCAACAUCAGGCACAUCAUCAUAAUCAGCAUAAACAUCCGCCUCCUCUGCCCCCGCCUAUUGGCAGUAGUGUGGUUGCUGCUAGUCCCCAGGCCAUGAUAGCGCCCUAUAAUGUAAAAAAGACUGUUAAUUGAAUUAAAAUUAAACAACCAACCAACCAAACUAAUAAGCGUCGUAAAUGCUAUCUUUAAAGUCCAUAACAUGAAUUUGAUUUCGUCGUACACACACAGCUGCAAAGUGUAUAAGAGACGUAACAAACCCAAACCAAACUCUUUUUGUAUUUAAAUAUUUUCGUAAUUAUUUCGUAGUAUAUAUUUUACUUUCUAUCUUACGCUAUUUUAAUAAUAAUAAUCCUGAAUUAUAAUUUCUAUUUUUUAGUUGAAGCGACACUUUUUAUCAAAUACAUUUUUAAAACUCGCCAUUAUUUUAUAGAACUUUUCAUACUUCUUUAAGGAUUUAUUUAGCAAAACAAAAUUUCCUAAAAUUAUUUAAGGUUCUACUAGGAUUCGGCAAGCUUUGUGACAAUAACUGAAAUUGGUGUAAUUUUUUUAGUAUUAUUUCUCCCCACCCUGUCAGUCACCCCUUCUCUGCUCACAAAAAAAAAAAAACAACUGUAUUCAAAUAUCGAAUAUUUUUUUCGUCUACACAAACGAAGCAAUUAUUCUUUGUUAAAAGUAAUUAAUUGAAUUGUUUUCUAGUUUUUUUGUUAAUUUUUCCUAAACAAAUUGAAAUUUAGUUUAUUUUUAUUUUAUUUAAUAAUUUAAUUUAUUACUUACUGUAAAACAAAACCACGUAAAACUUGAAAAAUACAAUUUUGUAAGUGUUCAUUGAAUUUAAAUUUAGCUCGUAGUUCUAACUAUGUAAAAUUUAUUUAAUUAUUAUUUUUAUUUCAUAUUUGGUAUGUAUGUAUGUUAAUUCAAUAUCUCUAUAUAGAUAAAUAAAAACAAAAUUACAUACUUAUUAUAAACACUUUAAAAAAGUUUUAAGUAGUUUUAAAAGAAAAAAAAUAUGAACUUUUAAAGAAAAAACAAAAAAUAAUUAAUUUCAUUAAAAUCAAAGUAAUAAAAACAAAAAAGUACUAAAAAUAAAACACAAUAAUAAA